ACCGAUAUAACUUUAUAUUUUACGCUAUAAAAUCCAGUUAAUACUAAAAUUCACGCUCUAUAUUAUCACAUAAUACCGUGGAAAGCGGAAUGUCAAUGUUUUGGCUUGAAAGCGGAGUAUACUUAGCGUUAGAGACUACGCUAGCUAAAAUGAAGCGAUAGAGCUGUGGUGUUGAUAGCUAAAAUAAGCUAAAAUAAAAUGGACAGUAGCGCUUUGGAACUAGACGCCGUGAAAUUCGCCAAGUCAGCCGUAUUAAACGAUCAGAAAGGAAAAUACAAUGAAGCAAUUUUCUUCUACAAGGAGGCAGCCCAGGCUCUCAUCUAUGCUGGCAUGGCAGGAUCCAAACUGGAAAACGUUCAGGAAAAAGCGAAUGAAUACCUGGAGCGAGUACAGACUUUACUGAAUGCAGUUCAAGCACAAAGCAGUGACCCGUUAAAGACCAAGCAUCAGCUAGAUCUUGAGCGUGCAUACUUUCUGGUGACCCAGGCCUUUGACGAGGAUGAGAAGGGCAACAGUGAUGAGGCCAUUGAACUCUACACUCAGGCUGUGGAGCUGUGCAUACGAGCAUCCAAUGAGACGACAGAUCAAACACUGCAAGUCAAACUAAAGCAGCUAGCCCGACAGGCACUAGACAGGGCAGAGGGAUUAAAAGAUAGUCUUUCAAAGCCACAGGAGAAACCUACCGUUAAAGCUACUACACCGGUGAGGCAGUACCUACCACUUGGUCCAGAUUUCUCCCUCAAUGACAAGCCACAGCCGGUUCAUCCGGUGCAGUCGAGUGAGCCACAGGGCCAGCGUUACACGUCGGAGGAGAUAGAGGUGCUCAGGAAGACUUCCAAGAUAAAUGGAAUCGAAUACGUCCCAUUCAUGAACGUUGACCUAAGGGAACGCUUUGCAUUUCCUGUUCCAUUCUCGGAUAAAUGUGGAAAGCUGGCCCUCUCACCUAAACAGUCUGCUAUCUUCUCUCGCUGGGUCCGACCUGACGACAUUUGCAACAAUCCCACGAUGAUAUUCACUGUGUCGAGCUUCAGCAUUAAACAGACGGUGGUAUCGGACUGCUCUUUCGUUGCCUCGUUGGCCAUUAGUGCAGCGUAUGAGAGACGCUAUAACAAGAAAUUAAUCACCAGCAUCAUUUACCCUCAGAACAGAAGGGGUGAGCCAGAAUAUAACCCUUGUGGAAAAUACAUGGUAAAACUGCACAUCAAUGGGGUUCCGAGAAAGGUGAUCAUUGAUGAUUUCCUCCCAGUUGACCGUAAUGGUGAGCUGCUGUGUUCCUACUCCAGUAACCGAAAUGAACUCUGGGUUUCUCUUAUAGAGAAGGCUUACAUGAAGGUGAUGGGUGGAUAUGAUUUUCCUGGCUCCAACUCUAAUAUUGACCUGCACGCGCUGACUGGCUGGAUUCCAGAACGCAUUGCAAUGCACUCAGACAAUCAGUCCUUUAGCAAGGAUGACACCUUCCGCAUGCUUUACCAAAGGUUUCACAAAGGAGAUGUUCUCGUUACUGUAGCAACUGGUGUCAUGACGGAGGAGGAAGGGGACAGGUGGGGCUUAGUGCCCACACAUGCCUACGCCGUGCUAGACAUCAGGGAUUACAAGGGAAAGCGUUUCCUGCAGCUAAAGAACCCUUGGAGCCAUCUCAGGUGGAAGGGCCGCUACAGCGAGCGGGAUGAAAAGAACUGGACUCCGGACCUACUUAAAUACCUCAAUUUUGAUCCCAAAACAGCAAAAAAGUUUGAUAAUGGUGUGUUCUGGAUUAUCUGGGAGGACUUGUGCCAAUACUACGAUGUCAUUUAUCUGAGCUGGAAUCCCAGCCUGUUCAAAGAGUCCUCCUGCAUACACAGUUGCUGGGAUGCAAAACAUGGCCCAGUGAAAGAUGUCUAUAGUUUGGCCAAUAACCCUCAGUACAAGCUGGAAGUGCAGUGUCCACAAGGAGGCGCUGCAGUGUGGGUGCUGCUAACGAGACACAUCACCGACAAGGAUGACUUCGCUCAAAACCGAGAGUUCAUCACUUUAGUGGUUUACAAGAAUGAUGGCAAGAAAGUUUACUAUCCAACUGAACCUCCACCCUAUAUUGAUGGCAUCAGGAUCAACAGCCCACAUUACCUAACCAAGAUCAAACUGACCAGUGCUGGGACUCACACUUUUACACUGGUCGUGUCUCAAUACGAAAAGCAAAAUACCAUCAACUACACAAUAAGGGUCUACUCAGUGUGCAAGUUUAAUUUCUCCAAAAUCCCAUCACCCUUCACUCAUACAAAAAGGAUAAAUGGACAGUGGAAAGGGAUCAGUGCCGGAGGCUGUGGGAAUUACAAGGACUCUUACAAACAUAACCCAAUCUACCAGUUCAACCUGGAGAAAUCAGGACCUCUGCUUAUUGAACUCCGUGGCUCCCGGCAGUACAGUGUGGGAUUCGAGGUUCUAACCGUGUCCACUGUGGGAGACACAGGAAACUCCAACCUCCAGAAAAAGAACAGUGGAGAUUACAGGUGUGGAUUUUGCUAUAUGGAGCUGGAACACAUUCCAGCAGGCAUUUACAACGUCAUCCCCACCACCUUCCUGCCAAAACAAGAAGGACCCUUCUUCCUGGAUUUCAGCAGUGCCACUCCUCUUCGAGUGUCUCAGCUUCAGUGAGAAAAAUAACCAGCUCAGUAAGCUGUUGUACUGCAGCAAAGUAAAGCCUGUAGCCUUUAACAGAUUAUUGACCAUCUCACAACUCCAAUGGUCUGGGCAUGUUUGCUGUCCCUCCACUCCAUCUGGCAGCAUGAAUGUUGAUUAUUUCUGCCUCUGUUGCUACAGUAUGUGGUACGACUCAAUUACAGACUGUUUACUUGUCAUUGUCUGGUUCGUCUGGCUCUCUGUUUAUUGCGCAGUUCUUGUAAUGAGUUGGAUAAACAAGUCUUGUGUAGCUAUACAUGAUCUCAUAAUUCAAAACGGACAGCAUUGGCACUCUAUUGAAUGCUCCCUAAGGUUGUUUGAUGUUCUGGAUUGGGUUACAACCUUUUCGCUUUAACUGUUUGUCAAGUCUGCUUUUAACUUGCAAAAUAAUCUUUCACUGCAUGAAAAUUUUCUUCAUACAAAUACAUACAGCCAUGUGUUGUCUUAAUUCAAUUUCUGUUGACAAACACACCUACAAACAGCAUUUUUCUGGAUGUGUCCGAAACCAUGUUCUAUGUACAUAGAACAACAAAGCCUGUACCUAGAGUUCUACUUCUAGGUAAAAAUCCUAAUCCAUCAUAGUAAUUCUACAUUCUCACCUAGGUUUAAAAUGAAUUCCACUUUAAAGAUGUGUAUUCUUGUUAGACGGAAGAUCAGAAAUGGCUUUGCCUGUUAAAUUCAUGAGAAAAAGCUCAAGAAUGAUGCACAGAAUAAUGUUGUUGACAGAUUAAUGUACUCAGGAGAUUGCAAUAAACUAGUGGACUUCACAGGGUCGUGUAAUAAAUGAA